AUGACCUUCGUCACCGCCCUUGUCGUCGCGGUUGCCAUACACACAGUUAUCAAGACUCCGCUGGCCUCCGCACCCAUCUCAGACCGCAACAUCACCCGCGUAUCUUCAAAUUCGACCAGCCGUGAACCCAACGGACUACACCCCACGGUGGCCUUCUGGGACGAUGAUUAUGCCGCGGAGGAGGAUUGGAACAAGAAUGCAGCCAAAGGAGGCGCCCUGAUCUGUGGUCUCGAAGGCUCUGAUCAGACCGCAGGCCGUCAGAUGAAAGAUACUCGCGAACCCCCAUCUGCUGCAAGGCCUUACAAUAGUGACCUCAAGAUAGAGCUUCAGGACUGGUACUGGCGAGAAACUAGCUCAUCGUCGUUCAGCUGCAGCUUUUCUGAGCACUGGCAUUUCUCACAUGCGAUGCGCUCACUUGGUCUCGACGGACGGCCGACUUCAGCAGGCGGAGAUAACCAGUGCUAUAGGGUCGAGCAUUGGGACCCAGAGAAAAGAGAUAAUGAGGGCAACCAGAUCCCGGCUAUCAAUCAGUGGUACAGCACAGCAGGUAACAACAAGCAAUACAGAGCAACAAAGGCGCAUUUUGAAUUCGGAAUCAACACCAAAGGAGGCGCUAUCUAUGGUCUCUUCCUUGAAAGCCCUCAAGCAUCCGCCAAGACUAUCUGGGGCGGUGGUACGAAGGAGCCGAACAAAGACGACCUACCUCAACUUCGCGCUUUCUCAGACAUCAUCUGGGGAUUUUGGGUUCGUAACAACCCCAAUAUCAAGAACAUUCGCUACUUCUUCAUGAUAGCCAUCUCCAACGAGGUGACUAAUCAAAUCAUCGCUUCUUGUCUACGCGACCGUAACACCGAACUAAGCGAGUGGCCGGGAACCGACUUCUCUACCACUACGGAUCAGGGCCAUGCGCUACUAGGCAAGUCGCGUUCAACUCCGAUGACAUACAGAUCUCCAAACGGUGCUGGGUUCGCUUACUUUCUCAUGCAGCACAAAUUACAACUUGGCCAAAAGACCAUCAGCAAGAUCACUAUCUUCAGGCCGGAAACAGACGACGACGUCAGCCUUGUCGACGCAUCUCUGUGUUUCCACGUGGUCGAUGGCCCGCAGCCACCACCUGACGAUGCUCAUAUGGAAGGGACUGAUCGCCUGAAAGCUCGACUUGUGCAAGAGACAAAUUCAAAAGAUUCAUCCCCCAACAGCUUGGUCAGGGUCCACGAGAUCUACAUGUAG